GUCGUUGUCGUCAAGCGACAACGGGCGAAAACGACGGAGCGCAGAGCUUUUGGAGAGUAAUUGCAUUCUCUACGCCAUUCUCUGUCUCCGCGGUUUUCGCGUACGCCUGAUUGAAAAUUGCACGUCCUCGCGCACGCGUACACCGAAUCGACCAUCGCCGCAAAAACGAGCGCACAAGCAAUGGCGCGCAAGAACCCGAACAUCGUGAUCACUGGCACGCCUGGCGUGGGCAAGACGACGCAUGCGGAGCAGUUGGCGCGCAAUCUAGGUUUCAAGCACCUUUCCAUAAACCAGAUUGUCAAAGACGAGGGAUUCCAUGAGGGGAAGGACGAGGAGCUGGGGAGCUGGGUGGUAGACGAGGACAAGCUGCUCGACCACCUUGAAUCCACCUCGCUCUCUGCGACCGGCGGUUACAUCCUGGACUGGCACGCGUGCGACCUGUUCCCCGAGCGGUGGGUCGACCUCGUUAUUGUGCUGCGGUGCGAUUCGACGACGCUUUACGAUCGGUUGAGUGCGAGGGGGUAUAAGGGCAAGAAGCUGGAGGAGAAUAUGGAUAGCGAGAUUAUGCAGGUGCUGCUUGAUGAGGCGCGGGAGAGCUAUAGAGAGGAGAUUGUGGUGGAGCUGAGGAGCGAUACGGCGGAGGAUGUGGAGGAGAAUUUGGAGAGGGUGGAGAUGUGGGUGGAGCAGUGGAGGAGGGAUAAUGCUGGCGGUGGGGAAGGGGAGUGAUUGGGAGAGAAGAGAUGAUGUUUUGAUAAUGAAUUGAGGGUUUUGGUAUUCUAUGGUGAGUUCUAUCUCUCUUUCUUUUGGUGGUA